AGAAAUGAAACUGUGUUUUGAGCAUGCUAGAGGACAGUUUGGGGGGUUGAACUUAGACCACCAUACUGGGUUGGAGGGUGUAUCACAGCAAGAUGAAAGUCAAAAUGUAAGCGGGGUUUUGCUGGGUAGCCCUGAAGAAGAGGAUGAUGUGAAAUCACUGUUCUUGCAUGGAAAAAUGUAUUUUGAGCAUGCUACAGGACAGUUUGGGGGUUUGAACUUAGACCACCGUACUGGGUUGGAGGGUGUAUCACAGCAAGAUGAAAGUCAACAUGUAAGGGGGGUUUUGCUGGGUAGGCCUGAAGAAGAGGAUGGUGUGAAAUCACUGUUCUUGCAUGGAAAAAUGAUGUCAACUUUCAUUUUGCAGAAAGAAAUGAAAUUGUAUUUUGAGCCUGCUACAGGACAGUUUGUGGGGUUGUACUUAGACCACCGUACUGGGUUGGAGGGUGAAUCAGAGCAAGAUGAAAGUACAGAUGUAAGCGGGGUUCCUGAGGACAUGGACUUGAGUGACAAUGGAGAUGGAGAGGAUGACAUGGAUUUGAGUGACAUUGGAGAUGGAGAGGAUGAUACUGUGGAUGAAGGAGGUGGUGAUACUGAGGAUGAAGGCGCAGAUGGUGAUGAAUUUGGUUUCAAUGAUGGAGGUGACGACUCCUCCGAUGGUGGUCCUAUGUCACUACCCAUUAUGCUAGUAGCAACAUCGCCUCCAAGUAAGAAUCGGAUAGGAUUUGUGCGUAAUUACUUUGACUGUGGCAGCGUACAUGCCCUAGAACUACGGGUGAAGGGUGUCCUCAGACGAGAGUUGAACAGAGAUAAUUACCGCAUCAGCUACUUUAAACACGGGCCAACUGACGAUGGAAUAGAAGUAGACAUAAGUGGAAUGUCGUGGGGUGAGGUCAUAGAGUCUGAGUUGCAAGGUGCUUUUGCCCACGACGAUCUAGACCCCGGACAUGAUGCAGGAGCUUCUUGUAGCAGGCCCAAGAGGAAGCGCGAAGAGCCAACUUAUCUCAAGGAUUAUUACACCUACUAGUUUCUUAGUUACUGUUUUGGAGCAAAGGAUGCUUUAUAAUACGGUG